AAAUGAAAAAGAAUUAUGGUUAGCGAACGUUAAUCUGAAUCCGGUGGUCUGAGCCUCUCUCUCUUGUCUGUGUUGUGUUUGUCUAUGUCAUUCUUCCACCCUUUCAUAAUGCAUACAUAACACAACAAACCAUUCUCCAUUCUCUCUCAAAUCGAAAAAAACUCUGCAAAUUCAAUUCAUUCCUUCAUCAACCAAACCCCACAAAGCACACCACACAAAGAGGAAAAAAAAAGAAACCCACAAAACUUCACACACGAUCAUAAGAAAAAUUCAACGAGGAAUCGAAAAGUUCACUGCUUUUUUUCUUCUUUCUUCUUCCUUUUCUCUUAGUGUGUGAUCAUCGUUUCGUCGAUGGCCACGGGCCCCGAAAGAUCGAAGCCACUGCACAACUUCUCCUUGCCCUGUUUGAAAUGGGGCACCCAACGGUUACUUCGCUGCGUCAACGCCGACCUCGAUCAUCGCCGAUCCUCCAGAUUCCACGCGCCUCAGAACGACGCCGUUCGAAUCACCAACAAGCGUAAAAUCGACGAGGUGGGGGGUCUCAGAGAAGAAGAAGCUGCUGCUGCCGGUGGUGCUGCUGGUGGCGCGAAUAAUGCGAUGAUGCCUUGGAAUUUGAGGACGAGAAGAGCUGCGUGCAAGGCGCCGCCACAGAACAACGAAGAGGAGCGAAGGCUUUUCGACACGAGGUGUUCUUCGCCGCCGGUGAAGGAGAAGAAGAAGGUGGUGGUGGUGGCGGGGAAUAAUAAUAAUGAGAAAGUUAAGUUCUCUGUUUCUCUCUCUAAGGAGGAGGUGGAGCAGGAUUUCUGGGCCCUGCUCGGAGCUAGGCCCCCCAGAAGGCCCAAGAAGAGGCCCAGGAUUGUGCAGAGGCAGUUGAAUACACUUUUUCCUGGUUUAUGGCUGGCUGAGAUCACUGCAGAAUCCUACAAAGUGGCUGAUGUUCCUGAGUGAGGUGAAUUUUGGUGAUAGCUUUUCUUUCUCUAUCUGUGUAACAGCAACUGUGAAUUUCAAUUUGCUCUUUAACUAGAAUUCAUGAGUGGUCAAUGGUUAUGCUGUGCAGGGGCUGAAAUGAAUGGCAAACACUGAUUGUGACUCUGAAUGGAUCCCCCAUUUAUUUUUGCUUGCUGACUUCCUAUGUGUUGUGACAUAAAUAAUGGUAAAUUCCAAAUCAUCUAUGUAAAUCAAAGGUUUAAUUCAAUAAUCAUGAAAUUUUGGAAUUUUGCAAUUAGUUGUACUUGUCUGAAUGUUGUAGCUUGCAGAUUCUAUGAAUCAACGUUCUUUUGUGCAUUUCUUUGAA